AUGCUUUGUGACUCCCAGAAUGCUCUUCAACCGGAGGAGCCCCAAGGGAACAAUGAUGACGAGCUUAAUCGCUAUCUUGCUAAAGGCUCAUUACCACCCCUCCCUUCUCUGGAUCCUAUUAGUGAUAGUGAGGAGGCCGAAGAUGAAGAUACAGUGACUGAGAUUCCCUCUCAGCUGCAGCCUCAGGUUCAGAGUGAAAAUACUAGACCCAAGAGACCUCGGAGUAGAAGCACUCAAUCCCAGGAGGAAGUCAUACCUGAACCGGCUGAUCUGGAGAAUACACAACGACCUAGUCGAGUACGGAAGAAGACCAGGAUGCCAGAAGGAUUUGAAAUCGGAACCCCAUAA